GAUCUCCAAACAUGAGGAGAACACCCAACUGCCCAUCCAUGUCAUUGAAUUCAUCUUCCAGCAGUUGCCUCUACACGAUCUUGUUCGGACAAAAUCCGUCUUCUUUCUGGAACUCUGUCACAGAAUCCCUGCUAUCCGCGCGCUUCCCCGAGCCCCCCUGGCUCUUACUCCCUCCUAAACAAGGCUCCACUUCUUGCCGCUUCAUUAACGUAGAAGGAAACACGGAAGAGACCACGUCGGACGUUCGAACCGAUCUUCCUUCUCUGAAAACUCCCUUCAGCAUAACCAGAACUGUGUACGCCAAUCCAUAUGUUACGUUUCUGGUUUCCUUUAAUGGUGCAUGGCAGCGCCAAUCCAUGCAGCAUGCAGGAGGUCAGUGGAAAUAUUUUGUCACAAAAGCUGUCCUUACUGGUGAACCUGUCGGCAAAUGCGGUGUCUAUCGACGGAAAGAUCUAACAAAUUGUAAAGGGAACUCGAUUUACUUCACUAAUGAUUGUUGGCAUGGUCAACCUGAUGGAUCAUGGGGGCACGAUGUUGGAAUAUACAGCUUGGAAGAUGGAAGUGUGUCGCCAAUUCUGGAGUUUGAAGUCUCCGGAAAUGCCCAACAACAACCUUGCUGGAUUGUUCCUCCUGCAGACUUCUGCAAUUGAAAUUGCUAGGCAUGAGACUAUGGGAAACAAGUUCUUGAGGAUGCAUUAGUUUCACAUUUUUCCUCUUAUAUAUGGUGAUUUUUUUUACUGAGUUUGUGGAAUGAUAAAAUUUUGAAGUUAUU